GCAGAGCCCCAGACACUGCGUUCAUAUGCCUCCGCUCAAACAAUACCAACUCGUCAUCAUCCAUUUCUUAAUAUCAUCAACACCCAAUACCCAUUUUUAGAAUUCUACGUGUUCUUCCAAAGCCCUCACCACCAUGGGUGUCUUCUCUAAACCAGCAAUUGAACAGUUGCCUCUCAUCAGAAACUGCAUGCCCUUCUCUGGAAUUCCUCUCAUAGACCUCUCACAACCUGACUCCAAAGCCCUCCUCAUUGAAGCCUGCCAAGAGUUUGGCUUCUUCAAGGUCAUCAACCAUGGUGUCCCGAUGGACCUCAUCUCCAAGUUGGAAGCUGAAGCUAUCAACUUCUUCUCACUUCCUCUCUCUGAGAAGGAAAAAGCAGGGCCUCCUAAUCCUUCUGGAUACGGAAACAAGAGAAUUGGAUCAAGCGGCGAUAUUGGUCGGGUUGAGUACCUUCUGCUCAAUCCGCAGAGCUUCCCCUCUGUUUUUGGCCAAAACCCAGAUAUGUUUCGUUCAGCAGUGAGUGAUUAUCUAUCAGCUGUGAGGAAGAUGGCUUGUGAGAUUCUUGAAUUGUUGGCUGACGGGCUGAUGAUUCAACCAAGGAAUGUGUUCAGUAAGCUUUUAAUGGAUGAACAGAGUGACUCUGUUUUCAGGCUAAAUCAUUAUCCACCAUAUCCAGAACGCCAAGCUUUGAGUGGAAAGUGUAUGAUUGGAUUUGGAGAGCACACCGACCCUCAGAUCAUAUCUGUUUUAAGAUCUAACAACACAUCUGGACUGCAAAUCUCUUUGAGAAAUGGGAAUUGGAUUUCAGUUCCACCAGAUGAAAACUCCUUCUUCAUCAACGUUGGUGACUCCUUGCAGGUGAUGACAAACGGUCGGUUUCAGAGUGUGAAGCAUAGGGUGUUGACAAAUAGCUGUAAAUCUAGAGUUUCGAUGAUAUACUUUGGAGGACCACCAUUGAGUGAGAAAAUAGCACCAUUGCCCUCACUCAUGGAAGGAGAGGAGAGCCAUUACAAAGAGUUUACAUGGUUCGAGUAUAAAAGAUCUGCAUACAACACAAGAUUGGCUGAUAAUAGGCUUGUGUUCUUCCAGAAAGUGGCAGCCACAUGAUGGUUGCUCCUCUCAAACUCCCCCCACCCACUUCCCACAUGUUAGGAAAUUGAUUCAAAAUAGAUAGGCUUACUAAAGUUAGUUCAAAUUUCCUUUCUUUUCUCUUCAAAAGUUUGAUGUAAGUAUCUUCCCUCUACAUGAAACAAAGUUUGAUUUUGUACUUGCAGUAAAA